GGAGGCUCGAACACUGUCUUCAAAAAAUUAUCUAUUUUCCACAUGCACAAAACCUUUCUUGUACGUUAAUUUAUCGAGAGAAGAAAGACUUUGCCUUAGGGUAAAACUACUUAACAACUCGUUCAAAGUAUGUUUGAAAGGAAACUGAAAGCACUUGGAUUUCAUCAUCCAGAAAACUUCUCUCCAAACGAUGAAGAAGACUUUAGGAAUCUGAUUAUUUGGCUUGAGGACCAAGUCAUACGACUAUACAAGAUAGAAGAUAGAGAUCUUCUUCGUGAAACAAGUAGCUCUGAAUGGCCAUCUAUUUUUGAAAAGUAUCUGGAUGACUUAGCUUGUCCUGUGCGAAGAGAUGAAAGAGAAGCUGUGGCCUCUUGGUUAAUAAGUCAUGCAGUUAGAGUAGAGUAUCAUGAGAAUGCCACUAAAUUUAAUGACCUUCACAAAGAGAGAAAGAAAGUGAAAGAAGAUAGCACAAGUGCCAGCAUUAAUGGACAAUCAGGUUCAGGUGCAGUUAGUGAAAUAACAGGUGAUGAUCCUGACCUGAAAGCAGGUAUCUCAUCGUUAUCAAAGCUUCUUGGAAUUCCGUUCCACCCUGACCACAUUACUACUUUGCAGGCGGUUCAAAAAAUUAUCAACCAGAAGCUCUCUCCUGAGAACGUAGAUGCUUUAAAAUCUGGUAAAGACAAGAAGAAGGGAAAAGGAAAGGAAGGCGACUAUCGACCCAUAAAUGAAAUCGACCUCGGUUUUCAAGUAAAUGAUUCUGCUGUAAAAGAAGCUGCCAAAAUUCUUCGCCUUCUUCAUCUUCAUGAACUUCGUGAUCUCCAAACACAGAUAAAUAAAGCGAUAGUUCUUGUACAGAGACAAACCGCCAACCCAAAGACAGACCAAUCCCUUGGCAAAGUUGGCAGAUAAAUCUAUUCUUGUCUUAUUUUUUUGAAAUUAUAAAUUGUAUAUUUGCUUAUCAAAUAAUUUAAAACCGAUACGCUUAAUGAAUAAUUGCAUUACGAAGUAGUCAUUUGAUUCACAAUGUCCCGCAGAGGCAGUUU